AUGCUGUCGAACCGAGUUCUUCUGGUGGUCUUGGGGGCGCUCGUGUCGUUGGUGGCUGGCGCGAAAACGAUAUCGCUGCGCCAGGCGAGCCGCAUAGUCGUCGUCGGCGGCGGGCAGGCUGGUAUCCACUACGCGUCCCUCCUCGCCAAGAAGGGCUUCACCAACAUCCGAGUUCUCGAAGCGACCUACCACGUCGGGGGAAAAUCGGCGACG